CCUGUAUCUGAAGCCUCCUUCGAUAAAGUCAUUCAAGAGAAGAUGAACUCACUCCGUUAGUAGGAAUGUUGUUACGUAACUACCACCCGACCUGAGGUUUUCGUAAAUUUUCCUCUACUUCCUGGCGUCAACAACAGCUGGAGCACGUACUUUUGGGCCACAUCGGCCAUGCAUGUCCUUGACCAAUCGAGGGCAAGAAGACUUGUUCUGUAGCCGUCCGGACCAAUCAGCGAGCGGAACACUUUCGGAACUCUGUUAUGUGGACCAACCAGAGGCUUUGUUUUGACCACGGCCUCGGACCGAAUUCUACAUGGAGGUGAUCCCCGCCUGAGAAUGAGAGGGAAUAUAAAUUUGGAGAGACGAUAUGGGGCUCAUUAUAUCGAGAUUUCGGAAAAAGCAGUCUACUAAAGAAGUACUUGAACAAAUACAGAAAGAUGUGUUGGAAAUUGAAGAAUACCACAUCCACACCCAACAAAGGCAGAAGAGGCUCGUUGGAAGCCUUGUUCUGUACUCCAUUGUUUUCUACUUGGUAGCUGCAGUUGUAUUUUACUUUUAUUACUUCCCUCCUACACUUCAAGAGCAGUUGCUGUAUGCUACACCUUUUAUUGUCUUCCCUUUAGUUGUGUACAUAUUAAAGAGAUUGUUAACGUGGUACUAUCGUAGGAAAAUAUCCAAAAAUGAACAGAAGCUCAAGAGUCUUCGUGAACGUAAAGCCAAAAUCUUAGAACAGGUGAUGGAAACGGAGACUUACAAAAUAGCAAAAGAAAUUUUAGAGACAUAUGCUCCAGAUCAGCUGCAUCGGAGUCAGAUGCACAAAACUCCAGCAGUUAUAUCCCCUGCACCACAGCGCCUUCCUUCACCAUCGAAUACACAUCCAGAUGUAAGGAGACGUAUAGUGCCUCCUAUAUCAACCCCUCAAAACAUGGCACAACCUCCUCGUCCUUUGGGGCCACAGAAUUUACCUCAUCAGACUCCUGUGUUCCCUGUGAGACCUUCAAUCAAUUCUCAGUCAGCACCUCCCAGACCUGCUGUAACUGGGAUGAGCUCCUUGAGAUCUACUUCAACAGGACCAGUUAAUGUUCCACCUGGAGUUACCCCAAAGUUUAGCGCAACACCAGCACAACCUCAUCAUCCCACAUUAUCUCGUCCUGGACCCGGGCUAGGACUAGAACCAAUUGGUCCUGGUAGUGAAGGUCCACCAGGGCCACCAAUGCCACGGCCAGUAUUGCCAAGGGAGCGAGGAUACUUAGAUCGUUUUGUAGAGUAUCUUGUGGGUGAUGGCCCUGCUAACCGAUUUGCACUGGUAUGCCGCCAGUGUGAGUCUCACAAUGGUAUGGCACUCAAAGAUGAAUUUCCUUAUCUUGCAUUCAGGUGUGCAUAUUGUUUCUACUGGAAUCCUGCUCGUAAGCAACGUCCCUUUGCCCCUAGACUGGAAACCAUUACUCCACAGCUUCCUCCUCCAAUACCAGCCACAGAAGACCAAGAGGAGGAGGAUGAAGAGGAAGAGGAAGAUGAGGAAGAAGAACAAGAGGAGCAAGAUUCAUCAUCUGGAGAAGAUGAUGAGGAGGAGGAGGAGGAAGAGGGUGGUGCAGAGGAAGAAGAAUCUUCCAGUAGUAGUUCAGCGGAAGAUCAGGAGGAGGAGGAAGAAGGUGGAGUGUCUUCCUCAGAACUCUCCAGCAAUAAAGCUACUUCAAGUCAAGAAGGUGUGUGUCGCCCCCAACAAGCAGGUUCACUGGAAGAUGUAGCCAAAUCAACUCCCUCGUCAGAGCCUAGCUCAUCGGAUGAUCACCAAAACUUUGUUGAAGUUUUCUUUACUUCAUCAUCUAGCAGAGCAACCCAUACGACUUCAACAACUAUGGCCAGUACCAACAGUGUACCAUCCCCUACAUCACUUAAUACAGCUUCCACAAUGGAAACUGAGGAAACAGAAUGAUCUUUUCAAAAAGUUGUACAGUAGCUGUCUUCGUGGUAAGAUGUACACCUUCGAUAUCUGCAGUCAUGAAUUGUAACGUUAAACUUGAAAAUCAUAAUUUCCGAUCCCAGCAGUUGACUGAAUUUACAUCGCUAGUAUUUUUGUAAAAUGCAUAAGUGAUUGCUGCAGUAUAUUUACCUCAUCCUUUCAGAUUGAAGCCUUUCUAAUGGAUUCUCAAGCUGCAAUAAUUUGUAGUUUCUCCAUUACUCUGUUCUACACUGUAAAAGACCUUGAUGAACUGUUUUUGCAUUUCAUUUUGAAAAAGUUACUGAAUAUCUGGAUGUAUUAAAUUUUGAUUUUUUCCAGGUUUUAAAUUAAUGAAGAUGAAUAGCCCUGUUUUAGACUCACAAAAAUGAUAGUGAAAGGAUAUGUGUACAGCAUAUGUGUAUACAGUAUUACUUCCAGUUGAAUAUAAAAUUAAUAAAAAAUGGCAGUUUGAUGAACUUAGUAAUGAUGGUAGUUCAUGUGAAAUGUGUAAUGGGAAAUCUUUUUGAAAGAGCUAAUAUGUAUGUUUUUUUUCAUGAAAUGUGUAUGUAAUAGGAUUUUGAGCACUUUGAUGAGGUAUUCUGUUGUUUGAGAGCAGUAUUGUAUGAUGAUUAAUGUUGGAACAAAUCUUUAUGCAAAUUAGGGGGAAUUUUUUUUUUUUGGAUUAUUACAUUGAUGGACCAGUCUGUAAUAAAAGCUUUGCAGUAUUCAAAAAGAGAAGAGUGUUUAGUGUCAUCUAUAGCAUAUGAAAAAACUUUGUUCUUGUUAGGAGCUGUAAGAGCAAAUGUUAUAGAAACUGAUGGAUUAUUGUAGUUUGAAGAAGAGUAAGCACUUAGAUAUUCCUUCAAAAGUUGGCUUGAGGAUGUAUGACUGAAGUCUGUAAUCACACUGUAAUUGAACCUCUCACAUUUACAAAAUUUUAAUUCUUGGUGAGAUCACAUGAAAAAAUAAUGGGUUUAGUUUACAUGUUACAAGAUAAUUUCUGUGUCCCAGUAAUCAGUGCCUGAUAUUGGGAUAAUUUAAUCCAAUGUGGAAUAUUUCAUUUGCAAUAGAGAUGAAGCAGUUGAAUCACUUUGAGGUAGUGUGACUGAUUGACCCUGCUGUACUUUCUUUCUUACAAUUACUGCUUUGCAAUAAGUAUUACUUUUACCAUUUCUUUUGAGCUCAAGUUUCUAUAGAAAUCAUUUACCAGAUUAAAGUUAUAAUUACUCUUGUCUACUUUACACUACAAAGAGUUAGUUCUGUUCCAUUGACUUUAUUGCUAAGCUAUGAAAUACUGCCAACAUUUUAUGUAACGUUUGCAGUGUUUCCAUACCAAGAUUAAUUCAUGUUAUGAAGUAGCAUUGAAUCACAGUGACAUGGUGUUGGUUUAUCUUAUUUUACUGUUUGCUCACAUUCAGGUGCUAUUAGGUUUUUUAACGAUGCAUGGUAAUAUUGUUUUUAGCAGGCGAUUGCUAUUUUCCUGUCUCUUAGUCAAGUUUGAACAUUGACAGUAUUUUAUUUUAUUGAUGUGUUCAUGUCUAUUGUUAACUAUGUUAUGGAGAACUCACUGAGAUUUUUAAAUGUUAGUUUCAUUCUUUUCUGAACUCUUUCAUGUUCAAAAUUUGGUGAAUAAUGAUCUAGUAGAAAGUGCAUUUGAGAGUAUGCGAACCAGCAUAAAGUUUCGUGAAGAAAGGAAUGAAAUAAUGUAACAUUUAAGGAUAUUACUUAUCACCAACAAUGAUGAUAUGAUACAAACUUUAAACUAUACCUUGAAAUGGCUUGGGUCUAUAAAGACGUUGCUGCUAGCAAAAUGAGCUUAUCAAUAUAAACUUGUGCAUUACAGCCUCAUGGUACUUUUGUUAUUCCAUUGUAAUUAUUGUUAACCUAUUGCUGUCAAGAACAACACAAGAUGUUAAACUUUGACUUGCUAAAAAUGACUACAGGCAGUCCCCAGGUUACGACGGGGAUUCCGUUCUUGAGACGCGUCGUAAGCUGAAAAUUGUCAUAAGCCGGAACAUUGUCAAAAAUCCAAAGAAAACCUGACUAUUAAUGCUUUGGGUGCAUUCAAAACUUUGUAAACUGCAUUCUUAUUGCAUUUUUCAUAAAAAACUUCAAAUAUUGAUUAUUUUGCAUUUUUGAUGUCAUAUUUCUUGUGCCAGAUCAGUGUUGUAGACGCUGUAACCCUGGAAAUAAUUUCUGAUGAAUAUAAUUGAUAAAGCGCCUUAACCUCCGAACGUAAGCUGAACCCGUCGUAACCCCGUGGACUGCCUGUAUUACUGGCUGAUAUACAUAUCGGAUUUGUAUCAUCUAGACACCUUGAAACUAUGGAAGUUUUGAAAAUCUUAAAAGUGAUUUGAUUUUAGGCUUCAUAAUUUUAUUCACAUACUGUGGUGUGUAUAUAUAUAUAAUAUAUACUUUAAAAGUAGUUUGUACUAAUGGAUGUUAUUACUUUAAAUUUUUAUAACUACAUUGUUUUUCUUGCUAAUAGAUCAUAUAACAAAUGUUUUUGAUAUGGAAGAUUAAAGAGGUCCUGCUACCAGUGAACUGAGGAAAUGGCUAUAUAAGGCUACUUUUCUCACGAUUGAUUUGUAUGGCCGCAGUGUUGAAGUUUUAGAAAAAAUGUAACUUUAUGUUUGACCUCUUAGUGAUUUUAAAAGGUUUUGAGGUUGGGCCUCUUGGUGGUUUUAAAAAAUAAUUUUUUGUUCAGUAUUUUAUCACACCUGAAGUCUCUUGGUAGUAUCUCCUGUACUUUUUUUUAAAGGGAUUGUAUUUGAUAGGUUCUUUUAGUGUAUUAAUGUAAAUACAAAAAAUUAAAAUCUAGUCUUAUAAAGUUUGGUAUAGUCAUGUUACAAACUUUUGCAUCAGUUGCCUUUAUGUUUCAGACAACAGUUAUAUGGAAGUAUUCAGCGAGCAGUAUUGGGCAACUAUUUGCCUGGCUGAUCAGGUGCAUGAUGUGCUCUUGUGACACUGUUAAUUUGGUUACAGGCUGCCUUUGAGCAAGAUCUUUUUCCUGCACAUGGCUGGCUUGGUCUAAAACAAAAAACAGUGUCACUUGCUAAUGUAUAUUUUGGCAGGCGAGCUAAAUUACAUUGUUUAAAGGAAAUAAAAUUUAUUAUUGUUCUUUAGUAUGUUUCUUCUUUAAUAAUUCUGGUAUUAAUUUUUCAUUGAACUCGGCCUAGCUAUUUUUUUCGGUCUGAAGAGGGUUUUAUUUUGGCACUCAAAAUUAUAGGUCUAUAUAUUUUGAAUAUCAGCGUUACAAACAAAACUGUAUUAUAUAUAAAAAAAACUUUAAAUAAAUGUUUGGCUAGGCCUAAUGAUCCUUGCUUGGUCUAUGAAAGGCAGAGAACCCUAUAAUAUGCAGUAUGAUUUUGUUUAUUAAGUAUUUUAUUUUAAUAAGCAAUAACGUGUUCUUUUGCAGCAGUUAUGAAAAUAAAAUUGAUCAUUUUAGUGUUGAAUAACUUAAUUCUGAAAUUGUAUGGCUGAGGACUGAAUUAGUCACUGUUUGAGAGAAAAAUGUUUACGCUGUCCAUAGUGAGGUAAAACAAAACAAAAAUGUAUAAAUAUAUAUUUAUCCAUAUAAUAUUAAUAUCCAUAAUUGGUAGUAGAUAAUAUUGAUAGUGAGCAAGAAGUUGAAAAAUAACAGUAAAAAAUUAUAUUCUAAAUGCUUCAGAAUAUAAUUAAAGAACAUCAUCAUCAUCUAAAGAUAAGUAUAUUCUUUCAAACAAAGAGAAAAACAACAGUGAAUUAUGUAUAUCCCAUAUAAUUAGUAAGAGUGCAGUUUCUAGCCAGUUUGUUUAUGAAUGCUAUUCACAUCCUGAUAGUGUAACUCCCAAAAGCACCGAUAACUCCGUUCACACGUUGCUACCAGAUACGAUCAUUCUAUGCCUAUGUGAUUUGCAUUAAAUCAUUCGUUUAUAAAAAAAAAAGAUAUUUCCAAUUUCUUUCUCUGAAAAUUUUUAAUUUCAAUUUGAUGUUUGAUGGAAUUAAAAAGAAAAUUGGCAUAUGUAAGAUUUAGAAGUUAUAGUGCAUCUAAACACUUUACUGACCAUUUGGAUGUUGCAAGCAUGCCAAAUGAACCUCAUGCGACAGCAUAUUUCGCCACCCUGUAGUUUUUUAAAGAAAGGAAGCUGUAAAUUAUAUAUUUUUUAAUUGUCUUUUUUGCUAAUUUAAAAUAACUUAACAGAAUGAUCUUUGAAUAUUUGCUAAUUUAAAAUGACGUUUAUUUCUUUUAACAGAAUUAUCUUUGAACAGAUGAUACUCUGUUCACAUGGUUGGUAUGCCUGUUCAUAUCUAAACAUAAUGAAAUAUUUCAUAAUGAGUCUGACAAAAUACUUAAAACCUGCAUAAAACAAGGUUUUUUUAUGCAUUUUUAUUUUUUACUUAUAAUUGAUUCUAUUUUUCAUAUAAAUAAUUUCUCAAACUAAUUAUUAUUUGUGAAAAAAAAGAAACGCUCUGAACGAUAUAAUUCAUAAAAUGAUGCAAUAUAUAAUAGCGUAAUUGUACAAGACAGGAUAUUUAGUAAUCCUUGAGAAGGAAUGCUUUGAUAAUGCUUUUUAAAGGCAUCAUACCGUUUCUUUUUGUAUGCCUACUUCAGGAAGAGUAUUUAUCAAUUUUCUUUGGAGGCAAACAAAAAUACUGCUUUGUGUUAUGUGCAAUAGAUAUGCUGUAGCAGAUUUAGAUGGUAAUUACCACACUGUUGAGUGUCCUGUGUGUUUUCUUAUAAUAGUGUUGUCUCAAAGCUUCUGUUCUCAUUUUUUUUCUUUUUGCAUGGUUGACAUCAUGCAGACUUGCUGUGUAGGGAACAAGUUGUGGAAAAGUGUUGCUAUUGUUGAAAGGUAACAGUUUUGAUACUGAAACUUUGCUAUUGUAUAUACAAUAAUAAUUAGGAUACUGAGUAAAGUGCUUGCUAUUUAA